AUUUCUUACUAAGCAGAACAGAGUUGAUUGUGUUUAGCUGCAAGUUGGAUGGCUGUAGCUCUCAGCCCCCAGCCCCCAGUCCCAAGUGCCUGUGGAGCAACAAGAGCAAGAGAGGAAAGAAGAAUAGAAACAGAGGGGAAAGAGACACAGAAAGAGGAAGAACCUAAUCCUGCUUCUUCCUAAACUACACUCAUUCAGGUGGAGGUGUUGAUGUAUGAUCCAAGGUGUUAUAACAAGGCUCAGAAGUGAUUUAAAAGUGACCAGAUGAAAAGAUGGCAAGACUCCAAAACCUCACUUACUUCACCAAAAAGUCUCUUGCACUUGCUGAAGAACGUGCUGCUGCCAGAAAAAAUGAUGAGGAAGGAUUAGAGCCUGAUAGUGACUUCGAAGCUGGUAAAAAGCUUCCAUUUAUUUAUGACAAUGUUCCUCCAGGCAUGGUGUCAGAGCCCUUGGAAGACCUAGACCCAUACUACCUGGAUAAAAAUACUUUCAUAGUAUUGAAUAAAGGGAAAACCAUUUUUCGAUUCAGUGCCUCCCCUGCAAUGUAUUUUUUAACUCCUUUCCAUAUUAUUAGAAGACUAUCAAUUAAGAUCUUGAUGAACCGCUUGUUCAAUAUGAUUCUUAUGGGCACGUACCUGGUCAACUGCAUAUUUCUGACAGCCAUUAAUAUUCCAUACUGGAUCGUGUACAUUGAGCUCCCUUUCAUUGGACUAUACACUUUUGAAAUCCUUAUAAAAAUCCUUGCAAGAGGUUUCUGUAUGAGGCCAUUCACAUUCCUUCGUGAUCCCUGGAACUGGCUGGAUGUUCAUAUUCUUGUCUAUGCGUGUCUGACCUUACUUAUAGACAUAGAAGGUGUUCCAGCUAUUGGAAUUUUCUCAGUUGUGAGAAUCCUGAAAGCCGUUUCUUUAACCAGAGGCACAAAGAUUAUCAUAGGAACCUUUACUCAAUCAGUGAGGAUGUUUUGUCAUGCAGUUAUCCUAACUGUGUUUUGUCUGAGUGUUUUUGCUGUCAUGGGGAUGCAGCUCUUCAUGGGCAGGCUGAAGCAAAAAUGUGUGCAGUGGCCUCAGGAACAAAAUAGUACUGAGGUACUAUCAGGCAAUGAAACAUUAGGUAGAUAUCAUUUAGAAGAACAAAUGAAUGCUCUCCUGUGUGGCAAUAGUUCAUAUUCCGGUCGUUGUCCAGAAGGAUACCGAUGUAUAAAAACUGGUGGAAAUCCUGAUUAUGGCUUCACAAAUUUUGACAGUUUUGGUUGGGCUUUCCUCUCCCUAUUCAGAUUAAUGACUUUGGAUUUUUGGGAAAACCUUUACCAAGAGACCCUGAGAACUUCUGGGAAGGCCUCUGUGAUAUUUUUUGUGGUUGUAAUUUUCUUUUGCUCCUUUUAUCUGGUAUCCUUGAAACUGGCUGUAGUUGCCAUUGGUUAUGAAAAACAGAAUCGGGCAACCAUUAAAGCAGCAAAGCGAAGACAGGUGAAAUAUCAAGCCAUGUUAUGUCGACACAAAAAAGAUCAAGAAGAAAUUGAGGCAAUGACAGCUGUUGGAGCAGAUGAAAAGAAAAAGAAUGGUAAAGAUCAAGGUUCUGCUGAUGCAUCCAGUGGGAUCUCACACCAUGCCAAUGAGAGGAUGGAACAAAGAAGAAAAGAGAACCAGGAGAAGCCCACAGAGAGAGAGGAAAAGGAAAUUGAUACAAAAUUGCAUCAAUUUGAAUCAGAAGACUUCAUCAGAAAAAAAGUUUUCCAUCAUGGUAUAAAUACAAAGAGGCAAAUGCAUAAAACAGCACCAUUUACAGAACAGGGAGGUUCUCUGCAAGCUGACAAAAAGGAAAGACAAAUAAAUACUUGCCAAGUUUCAAUGGGUAUGUUAGAAGAUCCUAAUGUUGGGAAAAGAUCAAUGAGCACAACCAACAUAUUAAACAGCAGUGAAGGACUUGACAAAUGCAGGCCAAGAAGAUUGUGGAAGAGAUUUGCUAAAAUGUUUCUCAUCUGGGAUUGCUGUCCAUUUUGGUUAAAAUGCAAAGAUUUUGUCUAUUCCAUUGUCAUGGAUCCAUUUUUUGAUUUGGCCAUUGCCAUUUGUGUCAUUAUGAACCUAGUGUUUUUGGCAAUGUAUCACUACCCAAUGACUGAGGAAUUCUUCUCUGUGCUCUCUGUGGGAGAGCUGGUAUUUGUUGGAAUUUACAUAUUGGAAAUGGUUUUGAAAAUAAUUGCAUUGCAUCCAUAUAAUUACUUUCAAGACAAAUGGAACAUUUUUGAUAGUUUUAUUGUGACCCUGGCUUUAGGGGAACUUAUGCUUUCAAUUUUGGAUGGAGUAUAUUUUUCCUUUUUACAAUUUCUCAUCCUACUCAGAGGGCUUCGUGUUUUUAAGUUGACAAAAUAUUGGCCUACAAUGAAAAUGAUGAUCAACAUCCUAGGAUAUUCUAUGAAGGUUCUCAGAAGCUUGAUAUUCAUAUUGGUCAUCGCCAUAUUCAUUUUUGCAGUGAUUGGUUUGAAGUUCUUUAGGAAUAUCCCCAAUGUUGUUCUCUGCAAAAUUGAUGUUGACUGUUUUCCACGGUGGCAUAUGUAUGACUUCUUACGCUCCUUUCUGAUUGUGUUCCGGGCACUAUAUGGAGAAUGGAUAGAGACCAUGUGGGACUGCAUGGAGAUGGCAGGCCAACCCAUGUGUAUUAUCUUAUACAUGGGAAUUAUUGUCAUUGGAAACCUGCUAGUACUUAUCUUGUUUGUGGCUUUGGUGAGCUCUUUUAUUUCAGAGAACUCUGCAAUGAGUGAUGCGAAAGCUGAUUCACAAAAUCUCCAUCUUGCAAUAGGAAGGAUUAAAAGGGGGAUUCAUUAUGUGAAACGAACUUUAUUUGACCUUAUUGGAGAAGUUUUUCCUAAGAAGCAAACUAUUUCAAAAGAGACCCAAAGAGAGGAAAAUCUAAGAAUGAAGAAGAAGAAUGGUACAUCUAGCCAGUCAGUUAAUAAAAUGAGCAAUGAACAAGAUUUCCAGAAUGAUAAAGAGGGAACCAGUGCCUCUGGGAGCAACAUGGAAAAAUAUUUGAGGGACAAUAAUUCCUCUCAGUCAUCUCUUCACAAUCCUAGUCUCCUAGUGCCAGCACCAAUUGCUCUUACAGAAUUCGACUCUGAAAAUGUAAACACCAAUGAGUUUAGAAAUGAAUUAGAUGUUGAUGGCAGCAAUGAGAAGCUCAGCCAAGCUAUCUCCCCUGAAGACAGUAUGAUUCCUAUCCUGGGCCCUGAAGAAGAAGUUCUGACUGAAUCUGAAAAAUCAGAUGAACCAGGACCCUGUUUUUCAGAUGGUUGCAUACAAUGGUUUCCUUUCUGUGGAACCAGUGUGAAGUCUAAGAGAGGAAGGAUCUGGUGGAGCCUAAGGAAAUCUUGCUACUGGAUAGUAAAACACCAUUGUUUUGAAAUGUUCAUGUUUCUCAUCAUCUUGCUCAGCUGUGGUACUCUGACUUUUGAAGAUAUAUACCUUGAAGAGAGAAUGAUCAUCAAGAGUAUACUUGAAUACACUGAUAAUAUUUUCACUUACAUAUUCAUUAUAGAAAUGCUUCUCAAAUGGUUGGCAUAUGGAUGUAAAGGAUAUUUCAGUAAUAUUUGGUGUUGGUUGGAAUUCUUGGUUGUCAAUGUCUGUUUUUUUUCCUUGCUAAGCAAUUAUCUAGGAUACUCAGAAUUUGCUGCUCUGAAAUCCCUCCGAACACUAAGAAUUUUAUCCGUAUUCAAAAGAGUAAGGGUGGUUUUGAAUACAUUAGUAAGGGAAAUUCCAUCUAUCCUGAAAGUGCUUCUAGUCGGCCUUACGUUUUGGCUAAUUUUUAACAUUAUUGGAGUAAAUCUAUUUGCUGGAAAGUUCUAUGGAUGUAUUAAUACCACAGCUGGUAAAAUACUUUCCAUGGAUGAUGAUGUCCAAGAUAAAUCUGAAUGUGAGAUGCUUAUGUACAAUAGCAAAGAUAUGGUCCUCAGGAACACUAGUGGAGAUGUGCAGUGGAAAAAUGCAAAAAUGAACUUCGAUAAUGUGAAAAAUGGCUAUCUUUCUCUCUUUCAAAUAGCUACAUUUAAAGGAUGGUUGGAUAUCUUGUAUUCAGCUGUUGAUUCUACUUAUGUAAGAAAAUCACCUCGAUAUGAGUACAGCUUCUACACAGUUUUUUACUUCAUCGGCUUUAUAAUCUUUGGAGUGUUCUUUCCACUUGUUCUCUUCAUUGGUGUCAUCAUUGAUAAUUUAAAACAACAAAAAAAGAUUAGAGGUGAAUCUAUCUUUAUGACAGAGGAACAGAAGAAAUCCUACAAUUCAAAGAAAAACCCAACGUACAAGAAUCCAAUACCUCGGCCAAGGAACAAAUUCCAAGGAUAUAUAUUUGAUCUUGUAACAAAAGAGGCUUUUGAGAUUACCAUCCUAGUACUUAUCUGUCUCAAUGUGAUGAUAAUGAUGAUGGAAACAGAUUCAGAUGGUGACUAUAAGAAUAGAAUUUUGUAUCUGAUCGACCUGGUGUUCAUUGUUCUGUUUGCUGGAGAAUGUGUGCUAAAGCUCAUUGGCCUCCGCCAUCACUACUUUUCUACAGGCUGGAAUAUCUUUGAUUUUGUGGUGGUCCACAUCUCCAUUGCAGUUGUACUACUAAAUGAUUUGACGGAGAAAUAUUUCCUGACCUAUGGUGAGAUGCAAGUCAUCCGUUUCAUCAGAUGUGGACGAGUCCUGAAAUUCUUCAAAGGAACCAAGGGCAUUGGCACACUGAUUUCUGCAAUGAUGUUGUCUCUUCCUGCUUUGUUAAACAUUGUGCUUCUGUUAUUUUUGGUCAUGAUUAUCUAUGCUAUCAUUGGAAUGUCCAAAUUUGCCUUUGUUAAGAAAGAGGCUGGAAUUGAUGAUAUGUUCAACUUUGAAACUUUUGUCAACAGCAUGCUUUGCCUCUUCCAAAUAACCACAUUUGCUGGCUGGGAUGGUCUGCUUAUACCAAUUCUUAACACAGGACCACCAGACUGUGACCCUGAAAAAACUCACCCAGGAAACUUGAUAAAAGGCGAUUGUGGACAUCCCUCUUUUGGGGUUUUCUACUUUGUGAGUUAUCUCAUAAUAUCUUUUCUGUUGUUUGUAAACAUGUUCCUUGUUGUUAUCUUUGAGAUUUUCAGUGCUGUAUCUGAAGAAGAUACUAAAUCCUUGAGUGAAGAAGCCUUUGACAAUUUCUAUGAGGUUUGGCAAAAAUUUGAUCCAGAUACAACUCAUUUCAUAGACUACAGUCAGCUCUCUGAUUUUGCUGCUUCCUUAGAGCCUCCUCUCCUUAUAUCAAAGCCAAACACAAUGCAGCUCAUGGCCAUGGACCUGCCUUUGGCAAAAGGUGACCGGGUUUUUUGUCCUGAUGUCCUCUUUGCUCUUGCAAAACGUGUUAAGAGUGAAAGUGAAGAGUUUGACCAUCUUCACUUACCAAUGCGUGAGCAGUUUCUGUCAUCAUGUCUUUUCCAAAUUUCCUAUGAACCAGUUAGUACUAUAAAACAAAAACAUGAGGAGGUAUCAGCUCCUGUCAUUGCACAUGCUUUAAAGGAGCAUGAAUCAGACACAUAUGGUAACAAAAAUGGAGACAGAGAGGAUUCAACUUUUAAAGACAACGUAAUCUUUGAUAGAGUUAAUGAGAACUCUGCUCUAGAGAAAGCAGGUGAUGUAAGCCAUUCUCCCACUUUAAUAGCUUCAUUGAAUAAUAUGAUAGAAAAAGAGAGAGACAACCAUGAAACAAACCAGACAGAAAAGGAGGACAAUGUAAAAGGUGACAGAGAAAAGGAAAAGUAAGAAUUUCAUUUUAUCAGCAAUUUUUUAAAACUUAAGAAAAUGAUCUGUUUUGGAGACAGGAUUAUUUUAGUAAAUCUGUGUCAAACUAACUGUUGGUUUUAUUUUUUGUUUUUGCCAACAAAAGCUUAAGGUAGAUACUUCCAGUAAUAGUGACACUUUAUUGACUAAUUAUGAUUCCAUAUCAAAGCAAAUUUGAUACAUGAAAAGUAUUUGUCCUGCUUUUGCUGUAACAGAAUGACCAAAAAUGGUUCAGAAAGACAAGGACCUAAUGACCACCCUAGAACAAUUAUCAAUAAUAUGGAAAUAGGUCUUGAUAGAUGACACAUGAAGAAACCAGUGGAA